AUGCGGAGACUCCGGGCGCUCCGAGGUCUCUUCACUUGUGGAGGUUGCUGGUCCCGGCCUCCCGUUCGGGAGGAUGGAGGCGGGGCAGCAGAGUCCGUCCCUGCAGCCGUCCCCACCUUUGCUGGGCGAGUGGCUUCUCUGUCAAACCGCCUGCAAGAGGAGGAGGGCGACAGAGCGGAGGUCUACCGAGAGCUGGAGAGAGUCCUGCAGGGCGACGACGGCCGCGUGCAGAGCGCUGUCCUGGCCAGAGUGAUCGCAGCGGCCUCGAGGGACAUGAGAGCGGCGCAGGGCGUGACGGAGCAGGUGCGGACGGCCGCCAGCGACGUCCUGGUGGCUCUGGCCCGCUGCCACUUCGACAGCGUCAUGUGCGAGCUGCAGUGCCGCCUGAGGGCCCUGGGAGAGAUCUCCGAGGACCUCGUGUUCGUCACCUUGGGCAAGCUGGCCAGCAGCUACGCCCUGCGGUGCGUCCCCUUCGUGGGCAUGACGCUCUUCGCCCUGCGCACGAUGCUGAGCCAGGUGGGGAGCAGCCGGACCCUGCGCGCCGUCUGCAGCGUCCUGGAGCAGUGGUCGAAGGCCGUGAACAGCUACCUGGGCGCCUGGGAGCAGUGCAGCUUCCCGCGCGUGGGGCAGGCCCAGCUCUGCAGCAGCGUUUCCCCGCUCUUCGGCCACGCGGUGGGGAGCUGGCUGGGCUGCGAGGAGGAGGAGGCCAAGCAGGCCGUCCUGGGGGCGAUGGCUGCCAUGAUGGGCCUCCUCGUGCGCGAGGAAGAGCACCGCGAGCGCGUGUGGGAGCAGCUCCCCUGGCUCCUGGGCCAGUACCAGCAGGUCCAGGACUCUUUCCGGGUGACCAAGGCGCUGAGUUAUUUCCUGGCGGUUUUGGGGGAAGUGCAGGUCCCCAUCCCCCAGGACGAGGUUGAGGCCAUCGGCACCGCUGUGCACCGCCAGCUCAGUGACGGGAGCAAGCAGCACAGCGGGGAGCACCGGUCGGAGCUGUCCUCCUGCGUCCUGCUGCUGGCCCGAGUUUGCCCUGAGGACACGGUGGCCUUUCUGCGCUCGCAGCUGGGGAGUCGGAGCGAGGCCGCGCGCGUGGUGUCCUUGGAUCUGCUCAGAGCCCUGGUGCGCCCCACAGCAGAGAGAGGCCAGAGCCUGCCCCUGCUCGUGCAGGCGGUGCGCUGCGCGCUGGGAGACCCCAGCAGGAAGGUGGCGAGGGCAGCGCUGCGCUUCACCAAGGAGCUGCUGGGCUGCAGCGUCCAGAGCUGCUCGGCCUGGGACCUGGUGGCCCACGUCUUCGCCACGUUCAGCCAGGCCUCCGGCAGACUGGCGCAGGGAAAGCUGUCUGAGGCAGAAGCGCAGGAAGCAGCAGAUCUUCAAGCCCUGUGCUUGGACAUCCUGCGCUCCCUGGACGUCUCCGUCCGGGGGAUGACCAAACUCCUGUGGCCGCGGCUGCUGCAGUACGUGGUGCCAGCCCAGUACACCGGCACGUUGGUGCCGCUCUGCCGGUGCCUGCGAGAGCUGGCCGAGAGCCGGGGGAGAGCAGGGGGCGAGGACGGAGAGGAGGAGCCCAACGUCGCGGCCUCCCGGCAGCGAGCCAAGCUGCCGAGGCCGCAGGCCCUGCUGGCUCGCCUGCUGGUGGUGGCGGCGGCUCCUCACGCCGGCGGCGGCUGCGGCGUCGCUGCCCUGCGGCUGCUGCGGGCCCUGUCCGCAGAGAUCCACGGCGCCCUGGGGAUGGUGUGGGCCGUGAAGAUCCCCUUCCUGCUGCAGUGCCUGGAAGGGCAAAGCGAGAGCUGCCUGGACUCUGCCGAGUGGGAGCAGCUUCUGCUCAAGUUCCUGAGGACGUCGCUGGAGACGAUCGAGAGCCAGGCCUGGACCGUGGGCCUGAGCUUGGAGCUGAGCCAGCAGACGGGCAGCUACCCCCGGCCGUCCCGGGAGCAGGCCUUCCUGUAUAAAGCUGUCGGGGUGUCCCUGGCAGCGUGUCGGCACGUCCCCUACGUCCGUGGGGAAAUGAAGAAGUAUCUGUUAAGGAUGAAUUACUUGGAGGUGUCUGAGAGAGAGGCGAUGAUUUCGGUUGUGGCCGGCUCUGCCGAGAGCCACUUCCACCUUGCCUUGGAGGUGCUGCAGGAGUUUGGGGCGUCCAUGGAGGAAAGACCAGUGUCCGGGGCUUUCAAACGCCUGAAGGAAUACCACCAGGGGAAGAGAGCGGGGAGGCACGCGGCCCUCGUGCUGGCCUACGGCCGGAUCGCGCUCCGCGCCCCGCCGGAGCAGCUCCUGGCCCGCGUGGAGAGCGACGUCGUGGGGCGCAUCCUGCGGCACUACCGCGCCAGCUGCCAGGUGCUGGGCUUCUCCUUCUCCACCAAGGACGUGCAGCUCAAGCUGGCGCUGAUCCGGAGCGUCGCCGAGGUCAGCCGGGCCGUGCGGGUGGCGGGGGGCUCCCGCGGCGUGGAGCUCUGCCGCAAACGGGAGCUGCUGGACACCUUGCUGGGCUUCGUGCAGGGGGAGCCCCGGGAUCGCCUGGCGUCCCCCGUGCGCCGGGAGGCGUUUGUGGCCGUGGGGCACUUGAGCAAACUGAAGCCAUCGCUGAGCCGGGAGGAAAACCGCGACCUCCUGGAUCAGUGUGUGCAGAGCGUGAUGCCCCUGCCUGCCCUGGAGCCGGCGGAAGAGGAGGGGGCGACGGCGGCGGACGCCGGGCACGUGCAGGGUCUGCACGCGCGGACCAUGGGGGCUCUCGGCGAGCUGCUGACGGCCCUGCUGGAGGAAGACCUCAGCUCGGACUGGCUCGCGGAGAUGCUGCACGUGCUGGAGUACUGGCUCACCUCGGCCAAGGAGUGGGAGCGGGAGAGGGCCCUGCAGGCCUGCGCCCAGCUGCUGGGCGCUUUCGAGGAGCGAUUCGAGCUCACGGGAGAAACCUCUUUCGGGCCCUUUGGCUCCAUGGUGGGACUGCUGGCGCCUUUCACCUGCGACUCGCUGGCCACGUCCUGCCAGCGGGCAGGGGCCUGCCUCGGCCACCUCCUCCGCAUACAAGGCAGGACGCUGGAGACGGGGGCCGAGGAGGACGAGGUGCAGCCCUUGUGCCAGCGGCUGAGCGCCCCAGACGCCGAGGCUCUGCGCCAGGCUUCCUCCAGACUCAGAAAGAUCGUCUGCAAACACAUCCCGCCAGCGCAGGCCACGGACUUCCUCUCUGCCGCCCUGGACGGGAUGCUGUUGGCCCAGUCCGCGUGUGCUCAGGCAGCGGGCGAGUGGCUGCUCACCUUCCUGGAGACGUGCGGGGGGCAGCUGCUCACGGAGGUGCCAGAAAUCCUGAGCAUCAUCUACGUCCGGAUGCCGACCAUGCAGCAGGACACGCUCCGGCACUUCCUCCUGGAGGCCGUGUCCCUGCUCGCCCUCUACCACCCCGGGGCCGUCAUCGACAGCCUGCUGCAGAAGCAGCUGCCCAUGGACAGUGACACCGAGGAGCUGUGGAGGGUCCUGGGGGGGAAGUUCUUUGUGGACCACGUCCUGCGGGUCUUGAUGGAAAAACUGAAGAACUCGGGAAGCGACCAGCCCAGGAGCAGCUCUGCCAAGCCCGAGGCAGAGGAGGAGGAGGCUGCGCUGGAGCCUCUCAAGAUGACCCGGGCCAUCUCUGUGGUGGUGUCAGCGCUGCAGAGCCCGGAGGCCGUGCUGCGCCUGCUCCCGGAGCUGCUGCCGGUGCUGCUGAAGCAGAUCAGCGCCACAGUGGGCAAGGAGAUGCCGUCUUCCGCACUCAUCACCCGGGGAAAGCUGUUCCUGAAGGGCCACGCGAGCGACGACAAUCCUUGCAGGCUUUCCCUGGAGACCCUGGAGGCGGUGCUGCGCACGUGCCUCGACGGGAAGUGGCUGCGGCUGCUGCGGCAGCAGGGCGCCUGGGCUGCCCUGGAAGACCCCCGGGCUCACCACGACGGCGUCUGCCUGCUGACCGGGGUGCUGCUCCGCGCCGGGACCGUCUCGCUGCCCCUGGUGCUGGUGCUGACCCGGUGGCUGGACGCCCCCUCGGCCAACCUGCGGGUCACGGCCGCGGCUUUCUUUGCGGAGCUGAUGAAGGAGCCGGCGCUGCAGGAGUGGAGGUGCCUCCAGCCCAUCGCGAGGGCCUUGCUGGAGAAGCUGCGGGACUCGAGCAGCACCGUGCGGCAGAUGGCAGCGCGCGGCCUGGGCAACCUGGUCAGCGGGGCGCCGGAGAAGCUGCGAAAGCACAAGGGAGCGAUGCUGGAGGCGCUGCGGAGGGGCCUGGAGGACGCGGCCGCGGCGGAGGUGGUGGCAGAGAGCCUGCUGGCGCUGGCGAAGGUGGUGACGGAGCUGAAGGGGAAGGCUGUGGGCUCCGCCUUCAGGGACAUCGCCAGGGCCACCAAGGGGUUCUUCGAUGCUGAGCAGGCGUCGCUGCGCUCGGCGGCCUUCACCCUGUACGGGGUGCUGGCCGCCUCUGCCACGAGCAGGUGGAGGUCUUUCUUCACGGCGGAGCUGGGCAGCACGUGGGCCACCCUCGUCCUGCACCUCCGGGACCCCGACCCGGGCGCCUCCAUGGCGUGCCAGGGCGCCCUGCGGCUGUGCGCCCCGUUUCUGGGGCUGCGGCGGGUGCGGCAGGGCCUCGCCGUCAACACCCGGCUGAGCGCGGCCGAGCUGCUGGGCGACGUCUGCAGCCAGCUGGCCCAGGAGAGCCCCGAGCACCAGGAGAUGCUGUACGUCGCCGCCCGGCGCUGCUUCCUGGGGAGCUGCGGGGAGCUGCAGGCUGCGGCCCUCGAUGUCGCCGGGGUCCUCGUGGAGCACGCGGGCCUCGAGUGGCUGACGCGGGAGGAAGCGAUGCCGCUCUCAGCAACUCUGCGGGUGCUGCGGAGCGACGGGGACCCGCGGGUGCAGCAGGCGGCCGCUCGGCUCCUCCGGGACACCGGCCUCGAGCAGCCCCCGCGGCGGCGCUGAAAUAAACCUCGCCGGGAACCUGC